GCUGCUUCGCAGCGCAUGCGCACACCGCGCCUCACCCCCCUCCCCCACCCCGUCCGCGCUUUACGGCAGCGCAGCAGCGUCGUGCGAGCCGUGCGGCGCCGCGCCCGGACGGAGGAGGUCACCGAGCGGCGGCGGUGCCGCGGCGGCAGCUCCGGCUCCAGGAUGUGGCGGGUGUUGUGGCGGCGCGUGGCUCCGGGGACAGCGGGGUUGGCGCGGGGCUGCCGAGCGUUCGGCGCCGCCUCCGGGAUCGGUCGCGCCACGGCGGGGGGCGGCGGGGCUCCGGGCCGCGGUCUGGCACGAAGGCGCGGCGAACCGCUGCCGCCUCCCUCCUGGCCCCGCUUCGUGCCGUGCCGCCGCUGCAGCCUGCCGGCGCACCAGAAGGUGGCUCUGCCGGCGCUGUCCCCCACCAUGCAGAUGGGUACCAUCGCGCGCUGGGAGAAAAAGGAGGGCGACAAGAUCGGUGAGGGGGAUCUCAUCGCAGAGGUGGAAACAGACAAAGCAACAGUUGGCUUUGAGAGUUUGGAGGAAUGCUACUUGGCCAAAAUUCUGGUACCAGAGGGAACAAGAGAUGUUCCUAUUGGGGCCAUAAUAUGUAUCACAGUAGAAAAGCCUGAACAUGUUGAUGCCUUUAAAAAUUACACUCUGGAUUCUGCAGCAUCUGCUCCCCCUGCAGCCUCAGUGCCUCCCCCUCCAGCUGCAGCACCCUCACCCCCACCUCCGCCUUCUCCUCAGGCUCCUGGCAGCUCUUAUCCUCCUCACAUGCAGGUUGCUCUGCCUGCUCUGUCACCCACCAUGACAAUGGGCACAGUGCAGAGGUGGGAAAAGAAGGUCGGGGAGAAACUGAAUGAGGGAGACUUACUAGCAGAAAUCGAGACAGAUAAAGCCACAAUAGGCUUUGAAGUGCAGGAGGAAGGCUACCUGGCAAAAAUAUUGGUGCCUGAAGGAACAAGAGAUGUGCCAUUAGGAACAACCCUCUGCAUCAUUGUGGAGAAGGAGUCUGAUAUUCCUGCUUUUGCUGACUACCAAGAGACUGCAGUAACUGAUAUGAAGGCACAAGUUCCUCCUCCUCCUCCUCCCCCUCCUUCACCAGUGGCGGCAGCUCCCGCUGCUGCUGCUGCUCCUCCCCCGCCUGCUGCUCCUCCAACUCCAGCAGUCGCAGCACCUGGGCCGCCUCCCCGGAAGGGAAGGAUCCUGGUUAGUCCCCUAGCAAAGAAACUGGCGGCAGAAAAAGGAAUUGAUCUUGCCCAAGUGAAAGGUACUGGACCAGAUGGUAGAAUCACAAAGAAAGAUGUGGAGUCUUUUGUGCCACCACGGGUUGCCCCAGCUCCGGCAGUGGAAGCAGUUCCUGCAGCUGCUGCAGUUGCAGCAGCACCAGUGGGGACCUUCACAGAUAUCCCGAUCAGCAACAUUCGGAGGGUCAUUGCUCAGCGGUUGAUGCAGUCUAAACAAACAAUACCUCACUACUACCUUUCUGUUGAUGUAAACAUGGGAGAAGUACUGGUGCUACGAAAAGAACUCAAUCAGAUGGUCUCAGAUAACGUUAAGCUUUCUGUCAACGACUUCAUAAUUAAAGCUUCUGCUCUGGCAUGCUUGAAGGUGCCUGAGGCAAAUUCUUCAUGGAUGGACACAGUUAUUAGGCAAAAUCACGUAGUGGAUGUGAGCGUUGCAGUGAGCACUGCUGCAGGGCUCAUAACUCCUAUUGUGUUUAAUGCACAUAUAAAGGGCCUGGCUUCCAUCAGUAAGGACGUGGUCUCUUUGGCAACUAAAGCCCGAGAAGGUAAACUUCAGCCACAUGAAUUCCAGGGUGGCACUUUCACAAUUUCCAAUUUAGGAAUGUAUGGCAUUAAGAAUUUCUCUGCCAUAAUCAAUCCGCCUCAAGCCUGCAUCCUUGCGGUUGGUUCCUCAGAGAAAAAGCUGGUGCCAGCUGACAAUGAGAAGGGAUUUGAUGUGGCCAGUAUGAUGUCCGUGACACUGAGCUGUGACCAUCGGGUUGUAGAUGGAGCUGUUGGAGCACAGUGGCUUGCUGAAUUCAAGAAUUUCCUUGAAAAGCCAGUAACCAUGCUGCUAUAAUUGAACCAUGCAAAGCAGAAUGUUCCUGGGUCACACUGUUCUGUUUUAAACAAGCUAUUUAGACUUUAGUAUUCAGACUUAUUAAAGAGUUUCAUUUUUUAUUUUAAA